ACAUAGAAUUCACGACUGCAUGCCGAGUAGCCUUGCUCCAUGGUGGGGGAUCCAGUAGGCAGUACAUUACUACAUGUCCAUUGAAGUCUUGCCAGAUACUACAAGUAAGUUUUCUCUUCCCAGAUCGAGGCAAGCGGAGUUGGAGGUCUUUCUUGGUUGCACUACAGCAAUCACACAGCAGUGUUGACCUUGCGAGAAUCUCAGUUGAGGUGCUAGUGCUGACCUUCGGACACAUAAUGGAAGGUUUCAAGAUUCUCGUUUGCCUGCUGGUUAUCCAGUUGAUGCAGUCCACCAGCGUAUUGACUGCUAGCAUUGGACAGGGUGAUCUGAUUUUCACGGACGACGACAACGAAGCAAGCAAUGCCACUUCUGUUACAGCGGCCCCUGCUGCUGGUUCCGAUGUCUUGGAUGGCGUCAGUGGCUCCGGCUCUGGUGACGGGCUUACCGGUGGCCUCUUCGGAGAUUCAGCUUUUGUUGAUGACUCUAUUCUUUCUGGUUCUGGCAGCUCAGGCGCAAAUCCAACGAAAGAGACCGCAGAUAAGAGCGAGUACAUAGAAUAGACACACCGGCACUAAAAUACCAAGAUGCUUUACCGAGGUUUUCGGGCCGAGAUUUCCCAUUAAUUUUUUUGCCGUUUAUUAAAAGUUAUUUGCAGCAUAUGCUAGGUGAAGCUUGGCAAUAUGCACCAGUUUCUUAGCACACAAAGGAAAGCUUGUCAAGUGAGUCAAUUAUCGUUGCCCACAUGCUACACGCUACAUCCAGGCCAUGUUCUCAUGUCACCUUGAGUCCAGCGUGACACGAAUGUGCAAUUGCUCACGACAGCCUCCGUUGCGUGUCCUGCUAUUGCUUAUCAGUUAGUUGUUACGUCGGUCUGUCUGUGCGUUUGUCUUUGCAGCCAUUGCCACUUUUCGUUUCAUCUCUGUUCAAGCCUAUUCCUUGCACUACUUAUAUUCAACCUUGAAACUAGCCUGUUUCAUAGCA